AUGGGUGGCUCCGCGAUUUCUUAUGGGCACAAGCAUCUCAGUGGGCGUGGUUAUUGGCAAGAACUUAUUGAAUCCAUUGUUUGGGCUCAUAAUAAAUUAAAAGUUGCUCCUGCUACUCAGCCUAGAGCCUUGAGCAUUGUACAAGGACGUGCUGUAGGAGUAACCCAUUACCUUCUGGGUGGAAUUGCCACAACAUGGGCGUUCUUCUUAGCAAGAAUUAUUGCAGUAGGAUAA